GGCUCACGACUUAAAGGAUUUGUGGUAUUUAAUCUAUGGUGAACAAAUUUUAGCUAACCAGUAUUUCAUAUUUAGUGUAUUUUCGGGCACUUUUUCUGGUACUGUCUUUGGGUAUAAGAAGAAGAAGAAGCACCGAGGCAUUCAAAUUUACAGCACGUGCUAUUGUUUUGUUUUUUGAGUUCUCGUAUUGUUUAUUGAUUAACAAUGGCUGGGAACGCCAGCGACUCUGGAAGUGAUUAUGAUGUAGAGCUUUUUAUAAAACCUAAGCGUGUCCGCAAGACAGUUAACGACGACAGUGCUGACCUCUUCGGAAAUUUUGACGAUGAAAAACGGAGGGAGAUAUUAGAUGGAACUUAUAAAAAUCCAAGCGAUUCGGAGGGGACUGCCGAUGAGGGUUCCGAAGAAGAAGGCUCUGAUGAGGCAGACAACGAUAAUGAUGCCAGUGAAGAUUUCGAGCAAGGGCAUCCCGUUAAGAACGAGGACAUAACUGAUGAGCAACUGUCUUCAUUGUUACGUGGAGCUUCGAAGGUGAACAAAUACGUACUGUACGUAACAAAUCUAAAUUUCGAGACAACCAAGGAUGACUUGAUGUCCCACUUUGAAGCAGUUGGCACAGUUAAGGGUAUACGUAUACCAAAAAAAAGCAGAAGUGGCUUUGCCUUUGUUGAAAUGGAUAAUUUGGUGAGCUUCAAACGUGGUUUCACCCUCCAUAACACAGAGCUGAAUGGCCGAAACAUAAAAGUUCAGAUCUCCGAGGCGGGAAAAAAGAAAUCGGCAAACAAGAAGAACAUAAUCAAACAAAAAAAUCGAAAACUAGCCGAGAUGCGAAACGAACAAAAGGCGUUUACGAAGAGUGGCAAGUUCUACGACAAGGAUUUAAAGAAGGAAAAAGCAAAGGAUCUGCUGGCACGUCAACGCUGGCGAAAAAAACCUUCUGCUAACCCCAAUAAAUAACCAAAUAAAUAAAUUAAAAAAAAAAAUCUAACAACUUCUUAGAUUUAUUUUUAAUUGAUUAAAAGCCAGCUAAAGCCAGCGUACGAUGUAGA